ACUGUCUAUUCUGUCAACUUGAACGACUGUUUCCUCUUUCGCUUCUGGUUGUUGCGACUGUGAAAAAACAAAGAAAAAAAAUUCACGCUUUCUCUUGGAUAGCCACGUUUUGUAUGUUGUCGUUUGAACCUUCAGGACCAUAGAGUCGCUGUAUGUAACCCGGAGGAGGACGUUUAGCUUUGACAGAUUUCUUUUUUUUUUUUUUUUUUUUUUUUUUUUUUUUUUUGCAUAUUGCAUUGGCUGCAGCUGCACCGCUUUGAGAAAUCAUGUCUGAUUUAAUCCUGCUGAUCCUGAUAAUCGUGUUCCUGGUGUGUUUGAUUGUGACAGUGGUGGGGUUCCUGGUCUACUCGGGGCUCCUGUCAGACGUGGUUAUAAAGACUGGGCCACCUCCUAUCAGGAAUGUUACCAUUGCUUAUAAGUUCAAAGAGGGAUCUUACAAGGACUGCGGUGCAGCCUACACAGAGAGCUGCAGCAUCGGGCCAAAGCUGAGCUCCAUCGGUGUCUUCUAUGAUGACCCCAAACAGAGGCCGUCAGAGAAAUGUCGCUACGUGGUGGGCAGUGUCCUGUGCGAGGGUGAAGAGAAGCCAGAUGAAGAACUGCAGAAGCUGUACGAGAAGUUUGGCUUCAAGGUGUUUUCUCUGCCAGAAGUGAGCCACGCUGUGACCACCAGCUUCCCCUGCACCACACCUCUGUCCCACGUGCUGGGACCUUACAGGGUCUACCCGAGGCUCGCUUCUUACAUUGAGGAAAGGAAGCUGUGUGCGUUCCCAACCAUUGAGAUCUGUGGCUCAGACGUCAUCAACUAUAUGGUUCCACUGUCCCGCCAGACAGACUUCUUUGUUCCAGAGAUGAAGGAGGAGGUCAAAACAGAUGUGAAAGAGGAGGACUCUGACGAGGACAGAGGAACUGACAUUACAGGUGCAGAUUCGCACAGUGACGUGAGCUCAGUGAGCGGCGGCGUGCCGUGGGACAGCAGAGAGACAUCCCUGGCUGCCUCCACAGCCGCCUCCCUGGCCUCAUCCCUGCCUCUGAGGGACGUAAUGGAUGCAAACGAAGACAUUAAGCACAGGGAGCACUGCGACAGAGACUCAAACGAGUCUAUGGGCAGCGGCUCGUCUUUUGAAGAGCUUGACAUGGAUCAGGAGGAGCAGGAAGAGGGAGAAGAGAGGGAGGAGAAGGAGGAUGGGGAAGAGAAGGAGCUCCCUGAGGGUGAAGAUGGAGCUAGAGAAGCAGUUGAACUGGUGGCUGAGAAGAAGGAGGCCCUGGGGGAUGGAGAGGAGUAGGAAGGAUGCUGAAGAGAUAAGGGAUGAGGCCAUGUAAUGCUGGCAUGCUAGAGAGUUUCUCAGUUGUUGCGAUUGCUGGUUAUUUGUCAUGUAAUCUUGUUGGUGGAUCUAAAGCUGUUCAUGCCAUGACCAACAUGCCAUAUUUCUGCGCCUUCUAAGUCUCUUUUUGAAGCCUCUACUUUUUGUUAUUCUGUAAUCUCAUUUUUUAAAAAUAAUUCCUGAUCAUAUAUUUAAACUGUCAGGAUAGAGCAACAGGCAACCCCAUAGGGUUAAGUCUUCUUGAAUAAACCUAAUUUUCUCUGCACAUGGUGUGCAGCAAAUGAGAGUUGAGAUUUGUUUAAUUCUAUAUUUCAUUUCAAACUGUAAUCUUUUGAAUUUGAAUCACCACCAUUUCUGUCCAGAUUAGAUUAGAAGUGACACUUCAGAUAAAGAUCCACAUAAAAGGAAAGACACUGGAUCAUCAUGCGGCACCUUUUCGCCAUGUGUGACAGUUGAUAUUGUACCCCACUUUCUAGGUCAUGUCCUGAGGAAAUAUAUGUCAAGUGUUUGUGUGCAUUACCUGACUUUGGUGUAUUGAUAUACAAUAAUGAUUGGGUGAAAAUGUUCAGGAGCGAAUGCCGUAGAAAUCUUGAUGGACCCAUUUCAUUGUGUUAUUAAUUUUCUUUUUCUUCUUUUUUUUUUUUUUUUUUUUUUU